UUCCCAACUCAAACUCAACCAAACAAAAGAAACACACCACCCCAGAUACUUCCAGUAGCGACGAGACUGACUGCCGUCGAUUAAGAAACAAGGUUGGAAGAAGAGAAUUACGAAUUACCUCCUCGAUCGAAGGCCAUGUUUUUCUUCUUUGUUGGAGGAGUGGAGCAGCAAGCAAGGCAGGUCCUCAAGAGCGGCAUAGGGAAGUGCAUAUCGUGCGGAUCGCCCGCCGAUCUCGUCGAGUACGAUAAAGUUCUCAAGCUGUUCUUCGUGCCGGUGUGGCGCUGGCCGGGAAAACACCCUCUGAUGCACUGUAAGGAUUGCAGGAUUUUUUUCCCGCCCUCGCUGGACAAGGCGGCGGCAGUGGACGCAGCAUUGAGGUGUCAGUUCUGCGAUCGCAAGGUGGAUCCCUCCUUUAGAUUCUGCCCCUUCUGCGGCUCCGCCCUGUGAGUGAAUCUGAGGUCAGGUGCUUUCGUUUGUGCGUACUAGUUAGGGUUUUAUUUUUGUUAAUUUGGGUAUCUAAUAGAGUUGAGUUGAUGUUGAACAGAAGCAAUAAAUAGAGAAAAUUAUUACUGUCUACACUGGCGUUUUAUUGUGUUUGGCUCUUUUAUUUCGUUCCAAUCACAUCCUCCAUAGGAAAACAAAAUAGUUCAAUUAUUGCACGUUCAACAUAGAAUUGUGAUCAAAGAACAUCCAUAUCCAUAUAUGAAUUGCUCUGACCUAGAAAGAAUUGUGUUUCUACCACUAAUCUGGAGUGUUCCCUAGUUCUAUCACGCUCUUGCUUCUUGAGAAUAUCCUCCCAAAACUGCUCAAGUUCUUGGCAGCAGUUGUAUGGCUGGUUGAUAGUGCUGAUGGAGGUGGGAUUCGAGACGACGACGAAUCCCUAUUCUCCAGCUGCCUAUAGUUCUCAAUUGACAAUUUUAACUGAGCCAAAUCGUAUGUUGGUACAAUGAAUUCUCCACCAUUGCCUGAAGGCAAUGCUCCUUCAGAGGGGCCUGGAAUGUUUGAAGUGUCAAUUAGAAAAUCUUCCAAUGCUGCAAGAGAUUGAAGCUGCCGUCCGAGAGAUGCAAUCGUUUUCUGGCACUCGGCGAGCUUGUCUGAUGCUACAGCUAAAUCCUCCUGUGGUAAACAAGAAACAGACAACGGCAGUUCAUUCCAGCUAGUUCAGAUGAUAGCUUCCUUUCAUCUUCUAUUUCUGCUUUUAACGAAUUGAUGUUGGAAGACAUUGCGCUUGCCUCUGUUUCCAUGGCGACAAGCUGCGAUUCGAGUAACACUUUUGUUUCAUUUAAUGCAGCUAAAUCUUUCUGUAGCUCUUCCAACGUAGUUUCCGUUUCAGCAACUCUGCUCUGUGCCGUUUUCAGGUGAUCAACACUCUCAUCUAAAGCAUUUUGAAGCCUUAAUUUCUCUGCCUCCAACUUUGUCGCCUUGUCUCCCAAUUCCGCUACUUGUUGUGCCAUGGAGUUUAGCUCAUCUUUGAAUACAUUGUCAUCCUGAACACAUUCUCCAGAAGCCAACUCUGAUGCAGAAAAUGAAAUAAUAUUAUUAGUCUCCGACAAUCCAGCAAGACGCUCCAUCUCAAGAAAAUCAUCCAUCAUGUCGAUUUCAAGGCAGCAAGCUGAAAGAUUCUUCGUUGGUUCAUAUCCAUUUGCUCCUGUUUUAACAGUCUCUUCAGUAUCCAAGUCUAUGGAUUUCUGCCUACUGCCGCACUCUGAUAAACCGUCUGUUACAGCACAGGAGGAGGAAGCAGCCGCAAACUUGUGAUUGCUGUCUGCUGUGGAUGAUCUUCGAACCAUUGAUCGAAGCAUUCUGCACUCUGUCUGAAGCUUAGCAACCUUCUUUAUGCUCGCCAACUGCAACUUGCUUGCUGUUUCUGCUGCUUCAGUGCUUAAAUCUCUCUCAAUGGCAAUAACUUCCAGCUGUUUAUGACGGGACAUGAGUUCUUGCCGGAGGGAUGUGUUCUCUUUCUCUAGAGCCUCAAUCACUAACAGAGUAUCAGGAUCAAUGGCAGCGGAAUUUUCAGCUCUGGAAACUUCGACUUGAGCCUGGAGAUGAAGGAUUUGCUUCUCGAGCUGAAUCUUUUGGGACUCCCAAUCGCCGUUCUUCUCUGGCGUAGCAUCAUCCCUUGCUUGUCUCAGCUGUCUUACACAUUCCCUGAGAGCACUCUCGAGAUGGCUGGCUCUCACUUCCAGGCUUAAAUUGUGCUGCACCGCAACAUCAAGCUGCUGCUUAAGCGCAGCCACUUCAUUUUCAGUCUUCUCCCACCCUGAGAAAGAUACAAAGGAUUUGUUACAAGCUCGGAUAUUGGCAUCAAGUAUAAACUCUCAUUGCCUGCUUCGGUUACCAGCAACAGCUUCUUCAGCAACUCUGGUGUGCUGCUUGACGAGCUCUUCAUUGGCAGAGAUGUUUACCAGUGCAGCGGAUAGCUUUUCCGUUAGAGUCUUGAUGAUAGUUUCCUCCAUUUCGCUGCCAUCGGUUUUAGGGAUCGAGAUCACUUGAGGAGAUUGUCUCAAUCCUUCCUGCUCAGGAACAAUGUGCAAGGUUACAUAUAAUUAUAUAAAUUGCCCCAACAUUAAUGUAGAUGAACAUUUAUUAACCUGUUGCUCGUCAGAAUGUGAAAAGGAUGAUCCAUUGCUUUCGCUUUCGCUUUCA